CUAUUUAGUAGUAAAGAGCAAAAGGGAGUAAACUUAACAAUUUGUUCGUAACUCUUCGCAUAUAUCUAAAUUCUAGUGAUGCUCAAUCUGAUAUAAGAAUCCUGCACUUGAUCUCCUGAGACAAUGGGAAAUGUACGCUCCCGUCCACGUCCUCGAUCCCAUCUUCCUGGGAGUGAAACCGGCAACGUUAGCAACCGAGGAUCAUACUAUGCCACUGACCUAUCUGGGGGUCUGGAACAGCCGAUAGAGAACAAGGAGAAAGGCAGCAGGGAAUCAGAUAGGAAGGAUGAGAUUGAAAAGAGGGAUAGUGCUUGCAACGGGUCUGCAGAAGAGAGGGGAAAGGCUGUAGAAGGGGAUGGUGAGAAGUUGAAGGAGAAGGAAGUUAAGGAGGUAAAGGAAGCACAAAGGACUCUUGACGAUACCUCAAAGGCAUAUGAAUCUGACAAGGAAAUUGCAGUUGGACCAAAGGGUGAUGCAGGAGAGAUGAAAGAAGGGGAAAAAGAAAGAGAAGAUCUGAAUGAUGAGGGGAUAGAUUUGAAAGAGGAGGCUAGUGAGAAGGAGACAAGAACAGCUAAAGAAAAGGAAAAGGAUGAGGAUGUUGUCAUCGGAGAAAAACAGGAUCCAAUAAGCAAGGAAAAAGAUAAUGAUGCCUCUGCAAAGCAGACUGGAGGAAUCAGCCAUGGGGCACAGGUAUCUCACGGUGCGCACAAUCAGCCUCCCCCAUCUCACCCUACCCCAACCAAAUGGCCGUGGCCCACCAACGCAACCACCGUCAAUGAGGUGGUGGAUGAGGUUUGGAGUGAGAUCGAUGACCAAUGUCUGCUCUAUCCAUUGUCUCACACCAAUCUAACCCAGACACUGACCGGAUGGAAGGUUGUUAGACUCUUUGUGUCUUCAACUUUUCAUGAUUUUCAGAAUGAGAGAGAAAUAUUGGUCAAGAAGGUGUUUCCUGAGCUACGCGAGUGGUGUGAGAAACGGCGGAUCCAUUUUAUCGAGUGUGACUUACGAUGGGGCGUGCCGCGAGACUCGACGACGCGGACAGUCCUCUGCACCUGCAUGGAGGAGAUUGACCGAUGCCAUGAAGAUACGGAGGGAGAACCAUUCUUCCUUAACAUGCUUGGUGAAAGAUAUGGCUGGGUUCCUACCAAAGACGAUGUCCCCGAAGACAUAGCUAAGAAGUAUGACUGGGUCGGCAACAGCUCUAUCACCCACAUGGAGAUCCUCCACGGGGCUUACCGAUUCUGCAACCGCAACGCUGCCUUUUUCCUGAGAGAGGUGGAAGACAUGCCGGAUGAUGUGAAGGCAAGGUUUGCAGACCCCACUGAUCUUGGCCUUCGACAGAUUGAUAGAUUGAGGACAAAGUUAGCCUCAAGAUUUCCAGAGCAAGCACACAAUUACACCUGUCAGUAUGACCCAUCAGAUACGAGUUGUAUUAAACUUGUUGGAUUGGAAAAAUUUGGGCAGGGGGUCCUUGAAUACUUCAAGUUUGUUAUCGAUCGUAAAUACCCCAAGGAAGCUGUGGAACUCACACCAGAAGAGCAAGAAAAUGAUCGUCAGACUCUGUAUCUUGGUCACAAGGGUCAGUUGAUCUAUGGCCGGGAAAGAGAAAUCAAAUAUCUGCAAGACUAUGUGACAGGUGCCGGAGAUUACUCCAAAGAAAGUCUGGCAGAUCAGUGGCAGACUAGAUUCUAUCCUGAAAAAUGCAAACAAGUCCUUUGUGAAGCAGAAGAGAAGAAUGAACCGGAAAGUAAUGAAAAGAAGGAUGAAGAGGAGAGUGAAAAAGAGAACAAGACUCGGCAUUUUCCCAUUGCCGUGGUAGCCCAGUCCGGCCAGGGAAAAUCCUCCUUGAUGGCUAGAUUCAUCAUGGAAGCUAAACAGGCUGGUCUGAAUGUAUUCUUCCACCUUAUCGGUUGCAGUGGGGACAGUCUUAGCCUGACCAAGAUGCUUGCAAGGUUGUGUCACUAUCUGGCGCCCUCUGAAGAUGAGAGAAUAUCUAAUUUGAAAGACAUGUCGACAGAGAAUGUGGUCAAGUUGAGUAGAACUCUUCUCAAAGAAUACACGGAUGAAGGAAAACAGCUUGUCAUCGUCAUUGAUGAUUUAACUCAGUUGCAACUUGAUGAUGCUAGUUGGUCAGACUGGAUUCCUGAUUCUCUAGAGGGUGAUGUCUACAUGGUAUUCAGUCUCGUCCAAGAGGAACAUAAAAUGAAGGAAAUUAAAGCCAAGGUACCCUCUAUUCAGUACCUUGAGCUUGGUCAUCUUGACCAUUGUGCUCGAGUGACCAUUGUAGAGAACUUCUUUGACCAGUACAACAAGAAACUUGAUCCAGAGCAGUUGGAAAUCUUGACACGCUCUCCCGGAGCUGAGAAUGCUCUGUGGCUAGCUCUAGCCUGUGAAGAACUGAGAGUAUUUGGGGCAUUUGAAGCGUUGACUGCACUGAUCAGGGAUCUACCAGAUAGCCUAGAAGGUUUGGUGCGUGACAUCCUGCAAAGAUUGAGAUCAGAAGAUGAGACAGGUUUAGUUGAGAAGACUCUUUGCUUCCUGGAGUGCUGCAUGAAAGGUCUCACAGAACAGGAGUUAGAGUGUCUCCUAGGGGACAUGGAGACCAAGACACCCAUACCUAAGCUACACCUUGCCAUGGUACGAAGAACCCUCAAACCAUUCCUCAGGAGAAUCAGCGGUAUGUGCAAGGUGGAAUGCAUCACAUUCUUCCAUCAUGCUAUUGGAUGGGUUGUGAGAAUGACUUUGCUUGCCGAUGCUGCCGAGCUUGCAAAAUACAAUCUUCACAUGGCAGAGUACUACCUGAACUGGUAUGAAUACAGUGAUGCUCUAGCAGCUAAGAAUGCAGCCUUCCAUCUCAGUAAGUCCAAUGACAAGGACCGCUUGGUGAACUUCCUCACUAAGGACAAACGCAGCAGGUUCUUGGGACCAACCCUCAAAUCUGGCUACCUCAAGCAUUGUCGCUGUCGAGCGAUGAUCAAUACAAAGGGACCAUUCCAGACCCAACUCUUUCUCUGUAAUUUCUGUGGUCCUCAACGUAAUGCCUUUGGCAACGAAGUCUGGCGCAAUGCAGAGAGCUGUGUACUUUGUGGCCAUUUUGUUGACCAAACGUUCAGGACAGACAGCAAUAAAGCCUACCGAUGUCAGCAGCAUCCUCUGAAAGGACCUCGCUUUCCAAACGCUAAGACCUGCAUGCUAUGCAAACGCACCAUCAUGGCGGGGCAAGAGAAGCCAGCCUACCUCUGUCAGUUCUGCCACAUGGGAGGGUUUGUUACAUGCUGUAAUCUGAACACUGAUAGCAGAUAGUGUUGCUUAUGUCGAGGACACUUCAUUUUGUCACCAACAUAUGUCACAACGGAACUUCAGAAACGGUGUUUUGAUAAUCUAGUUCUGCAUAAAUCUGCAAUAUGGAAAUGUGUGCCACUGAAUACUCAUGGGAGAUGGUGUUGCUUGUUUCUUGUACACUUCUUUUGGACACCAACAUCUAUGACAGAGGAACUUCAGAAGCAGUCUGGCCAGUUCUGUAAUUAUGGGAGGGUUCACCACAUGCUGUAAUCUGAAUCCCGAUAGCAGAUAAUGAUGUCGCAGUGUUGAAAGCUUUUUUUGGACACUGAUAUGUAUCAUGGAUGAGCUUUGGAGUCAGCCUUUGGACCAGUUCUGCAAUAUAGGAGUUUGUCACAUGCUUGAACAUGAAUGCUAAUGGGAGACUGUGUUGCUGGUGUCUGGAAUACUACUUUUGCAGACCUGCUAACCAGUACGUUUUUGCAACCAAAAUACGGCAGUGUGUUUUUACUUUUAAGAAUAUGUUUUUUGUAAGAAUUUUUUUUUUUUUACGAAAUCGCAAUUUAUUGAGAAAUAUCAUCUCUACAUGUCUCUAUUUCAUAAAACCUACUCAUAUAUGGUUAUUAAAUCAAUGUAAUUUCAGGUAACUUGUUUUUUUUUCAAUCAUUUCGUUAAAACAGGGUGAAGAUAUACAAAUUUUUCAAUGUUUUUUUUCAUCUGCAAGAGAAGUGCGCAUUUUAGCUUGCAUGCAGCU